AGCGGCGGCGCGAUGCGGCUGCCGGAGCUGUGCCUGGCGCUCCUCUGCGCCGCCGGCACCGGCACCGAACCCCCGCGGGCAGCCCGGGAGCGGCCGCUGGCCCCGGGAGCAGCUGCGGGGAGGGCGGCGGGACUUGGGGGGCCCGGGGCGGCCCGCAUCGACCCCCGGCAGGCGUGGAUGCUGCUGGCCGGGAGCCCCGGGAGGGGAAGCGGCGAUCGUGUCCGCGGCUCUCCGGGAAAACCAACCUCGGGUGCUGCGCAGGCCGGAGGGACAGGGGCUGCCCCGGCUUCCCGCACGGUGCCGGAGGAGCUGCUGAGGGAGCUGCAGAUCCUGCUCAGAGGCAUGCCAAAGAUAUCCUGCACAGCUGGGGAAGGGGGUAAGGAAGAGGGGGAAAGCAGCAAAGGCAACCCCAAGGCCGGGGCCCAGCAUCGUGUGGAAGCAGCCUUCCAUUGCCAAACGCGUGAAGACAUCACUGUGGAGCAGAAAAUGUGGCAGGAGCUGGGGCUGUUCUACAUCCCUGAGAGGGAGGGGAUGUUCCACCGUGGCCCAGGGCUGAACCUGACCAGCGGGCAGUACACAGCCCCCAUUGCAGGAUACUACGCCUUCGCCACCACGCUGCACAUUGUGUGCAGGGAGCCACGGAGAAAGGGGCAGGGAUGCCGAGGGAGCCGCCUGCGGGUGCUGAUCUGUGUGCAGUCCCGCUGCCAGCACAACAGCAAUUUGGAGACUGUAUCCCGGCUGGAGAGCAGCGGUGACCUUUUCACCAUCUCUGUCACGGGCACCCUUUACCUGCAGGCUGGGCAGUAUGCAUCUGUUUUCCUGGACAACACAGCAGGCUCUCCCCUCACAGUUCAGAGUGGCUCCGAUUUCAGUGCUGUUCUGCUGGGAGUGUGAAGAAACUCGUGCCAGGAGUGGCCAGACUCUUCCCUCUGCCAACCAUCACAUCUCCCCCGCUCAGCACCAAGCCUAGGGAAGAGCAUUUGCUCAUGCAGGAACUGCAGUCUGGUCCGAUACUGCUCACGCUACAGAGCCAGCUGAGGAUGGACAAAAGAUCAUGAAGAUGAUGAUGAUAAUAAUAAUAAAGCAGUCUGACCAGGA